AUGUCCUCACUGCGUGGUCUCCCUCUGCAGCUCCUGUCGCAGCCACUCCCCCCUCUCCUCCCCUCUCCUCCCCCCUCUCCUCCCCUCUCCUCCCCUCUCCUCUCCUCGCCCCGGGCUAACGGGACCCUCUGCGGCUUGAACCUCACGUCGUGUCCUUCGCCUUCAGCCUCGUCCUCAAACUCAGUCAUGGUGUUCAGAGGGACCAUCUCUGCGGCUCCGGACUUCGACCCGUCCGCAGACGCAGAGGCUCUGUACGCUGCCAUGAAGGGCCUGGGCAGCGAUAAGGACGCCAUCUUGGAUCUGGUCACAUCACGGAGCAACGCCCAACGGCAGGAGGUCAUCACAGCCUACAAGAGUAACUUUGGGAAGGACCUGAUUGAAGACCUAAAGUACGAGCUGACGGGAAAGUUCGAGCGGCUCAUUGUGAGUCUGAUGCGGACUCCUGCGUUCCACGAUGCCAAAGAAGUCAAAGAUGCCGUUAAAGGAGCAGGGACGGACGAGAAAUGUUUGAUUGAAAUUUUGUCUUCGAGAAACAACCAGCAAGUCCACGACAUGGUGGCAGCCUACAGGGAAGCGUACGGCAGAGAGAUGGAGGACGACAUCAUCGCAGACACUACAGGACACUUCAGGAAGAUGCUGGUCGUACUGCUGCAGGGCACCAGGGAUGAGUCUGGAUCCGUGGAUGAGGAGUUAGUGGCGGAGGACAUCCAGGACCUGUUUGCCGCCGGAGAGGAGCAGUGGGGCACGGACGAGGCCAAGUUCAUCAUGAUCCUGGGAAACCGCAGUAUUCCUCACCUCCACAAAGUGUUUGAGGAGUAUGAAAAGGCCUACGAGACAACCAUCGAGGACAGCAUCAAGAGCGAACUGUCCGGGGACUUUGAGCGCCUCAUGCUGGCCGUGGUGCAGUGCAUCCGCAGUGUCCCCAUGUACUUCGCCAAACGCCUUUACAAGUCCAUGAAGGGCCUGGGCACAGCCGACAACACUCUGAUCCGCAUCAUGAUUGGUCGAUCUGAGAUUGACAUGUUGGACGUCAGAGAGUGUUUCCGUCUGCGCUACGAGAAGUCUCUGUACAACAUGAUCAAGGACGACACUUCCGGAGACUACAAGAGGACUCUGCUGAACCUGUGUGGAGGAGAUGACGAUCUGGCCGGAGAGUUCUUCCCUGAAGCGGCUCAACUCGCCUACAAGAUGUGGGAGAUCAGCUCCACGACCAAAGUGAAGCUGAGGCCGACAGUGCGACCGGCCUCUGACUACGACCCCGCCGCAGACGCCCAGGCGCUCAGGAAGGCCAUGAAGGGCUUCGGGACCGACGAGGACACCAUCAUUGAGAUCGUGGCCAAUAGAAGUAACGCACAGAGACAAGAGAUCAGACAGGCCUUCAAGUCUCUGCUGGGACGGGACCUGAUGAAGGACCUGAAGUCCGAGCUGUCCAAGAACCUGGAGCGGCUGAUCCUGGCGCUGAUGAUGACUCCGGCUGAGUUUGACGCCAAGAUGAUGAGGAAGGCCAUGGAGGGGGCAGGCACAGACGAACACGCUCUGAUCGAGAUCCUCGUCACUCGAAACAACGAAGAAAUCCAGGCCAUGAGCGAGGCCUACCUGCACGGUUAUAAGAAGUCUCUGGAGGACGCCAUCCAGUCCGACACGUCCGGACUCUUCUGCCGCAUCCUCACCUCCCUGGUCCAGGGAGCGAGAGAGGAGGGGCCUGCGGACUACGACAGGGCGGAUUCUGACGCUCAGGAGCUGGGAGAGGCCUGCAACGCAGAGUCUGACGAAAUGGAGAUUAAGUUUAUGAGCAUCCUGUGCACUAGGAGCUUCCCCCACCUGCGCAGAGUCUUCCAGGAGUUUGUGAGGUACACCAACAAGGACAUCGAGCAGAUCAUAAAGAAGGAGAUGUCUGGAGAUGUCAAGAACGCUUUUUACGCCAUCGUCCGCAGUGUGAAGAACCAGCCGUCUUACUUUGCCGACCGGCUGUACAAAGCCAUGAAGGGCUUGGGCACCGAUGACCGCGCCCUGAUCCGCAUCAUGGUGUCGCGCUGUGAGGUCGAUCUGUUCAACAUCCGCAAAGAGUUCAAAGAGACGCACGACACCAGUCUGCACGACUUCAUCCAGGUAGAAACCAGCCUCAGCGACACGUCUGGAGACUACCGUAAAACUCUGCUGAUUCUGUGCGGAGGAGAAGACUGA